AACUUCAUUAGUGUGAACAUGUAAUCCCUUUUCCUCAUGCAUGGCAACGAGUAGUGGGAAAGAGAGAUCAUAAUACUAAGAAAGAAGAACUUUUUUAAGAUUCGUUAACUCGAAUUAGCCCCCUUUUUCCUUUGGAAUAAUGAAUGAUUAAGGAGACACUAACUACGCAAUUAGCUAGAAGACCAACGACGUCACUUUGAUGACGAAGGACCAUAGAUGUAAUGCAAAUUGCCAAAUUGUAACCACGUGAAAACCGAGCCAAAUUCAGCUUUUGACCGCUAAUUCCGAAUUGGGCCUAAAAUGGGCAAUUCAAUCUGCUGGGCCUCUAACUCCCAUAUCUGGACUUUAUAGACCCAAAGAUUUAUCCAAAUUUAUUGGGUUGGAGAGCUGUGACGUUUCUGAAUAUUUCGGCCCAACACUGAUCUGCUUACUGGAAGACAAGCUUCUAUUAGGGUUUUCUAUUCUCUCCAAUCUUCUCCGUCGAAGUCCCCAAACCUCUCGUCCUCUUUUCCUUCAGCUAGGGUUUUCGAUUCCUCCGGUGAAUCCCCAGUGUUCACUACUCAGAUCGGAGAAAAUGGCCUUUGAAGUCGGCGCCGUCCCGUUCAAUCCCGACGGCUGGGGUCCACCCGACGCCACCACGGCCACCACCAAAUCCUCGUCUCUCCCGCUCAACGUCCCCUUCGCUCCCUUCUCUCGUGCCGAGAAGCUCGGCCGAAUCGCCGACUGGACUCGCAACAAUCCGAACGCCGGAAGGCCUAACGCCGGGAAGAACGCAUCCGAUUCGGUAUUCGACUUCACCGCCGACGAUUCCUUCCCCUCCUCCGGCGGAGGAGGAGAUGAGGACUUCCGCCUCGUCGACGGGAAGCUUCCUACUCGGCCGAAAUUCGGCCCCAAGUGGCGGUUCAACCAGCACAGGCCGCAGCUCCCUCAGCGUCGCGACGAGGAGGUCGAGGCGAAGAAGCGGGAGGCAGAGAAGGAGAGGGCGCGGCGGGACAGGCUGUACAACCUCAACCGGUCGAACCAGAACCAGCAGCGUCGUGAGGCGGCGGCGUUCAAGUCGUCGGUGGAUAUCCAGCCCGAGUGGAACAUGUUGGAUCAGAUCCCCUUCUCGACUUUCUCCAAGCUUUCGUUCGCCGCUCCCGAGCCGGAAGACCUGCUCCUCUGCGGCGGAUUGGAGUUCUAUGAUCGGACCUACGACAGAGUCACGCCCAAGAACGAGCGCCGGCUGGAGAGGUUCAAGAAUCGCAAUUUCUUCAAGGUUACCACCACCGAUGAUCCGGUGAUUCGUAGGCUGGCAAAUGAGGACAAAGCUACCGUCUUUGCGACUGAUACUAUUCUGGCCACUCUGAUGUGUGCUCCAAGGUCAGUUUAUUCCUGGGAUAUUGUGGUUCAGCGAGUUGGGAACAAGCUCUUCUUUGACAAGCGCGAUGGUUCCCAGCUCGAUUUGCUUGCAGUCCACGAGACAUCACAGGAGCCUUUGCCCGAGGCGAAGGACGAUAUAAACUCUGCUUAUUCGUUGAGUGUUGAAGCUGCUUACAUUAACCAGAAUUUCUCCCAGCAAGUGCUGGUUAGGGAUGGGAAUAAGGUUGCUUUUGAUGAACCGAACCCUUUUGCCAGUGAGGGUGAGGAAGUUGCCUCUGUGGGCUAUAGGUAUAGGAGGUGGAAGCUUGAUAACGAAAUGUACCUGGUUGCUCGUUGUGAGGUGCAGAGUGUCGCUGAAGUUAAUAACCAGAGGUCGUUCAUGACCCUGAAUGCACUUAACGAGUUUGACCCAAAGUAUUCGGGUCUUGACUGGAGGCAGAAGCUGGAGACUCAAAGAGGUGCAGUUUUGGCUACUGAGCUUAAGAACAACGCUAAUAAGUUGGCCAAGUGGACUGCACAGGCUCUGUUAGGUAGUGCCGAUAUGAUGAAAUUGGGAUAUGUUUCUAGAGUUCAUCCAAGGGACCAUUUCAACCAUGUGAUUCUGGCUGUUGUUGGUUACAAGCCCAGAGAUUUUGCUGCACAGAUUAAUCUGAACACUUCGAACAUGUGGGGUAUUGUGAAGAGUAUUGUGGACUUGUGUAUGAAGCUGAAUGAGGGUAAGUACGUGCUGGUGAAAGAUCCUUCUAAACCUCAAGUGAGAAUCUACGAGGUUCCUGGGGAUGCGUUUGAGAAUGAUUAUGUUGAGGAGCCGUUGCCCGAGGAUGAGCAGGUCCAGCCACCUGCUGAGGCUGUGGAGAAUGGCGAGGCAAAUGGUAUUGUCGAUGAUUUAGAAGAUAAGAAAAUUGAAGCUACUGUAGCUUAAGGUAAUGUUCUUCCUUAGCUUGUUAAGCAGUUGUUAUUUUCCUACCAGUUUAUGAACCCAUCUGAAUGUAGCAACAUCAGAGCUACAUACAAUGAAUGGUCAUUACUCAUUAGAGUGAUAUUUGAACCGUACAAGAUCAACUAGUUAGAGAAAAAUGAUUGCGGAAUAUAAAGGCAUGGCCUUUUCUCCUCCACGAUCAUGUUGGAACUAGAUCCACCAGGUUGCUUUAUAGACCAGUGCUAUUUCCCUAACCUAGAUAGGAAGUAGAACAGUCUUUUCUUGCCGUGUUUGUCGCACCAGAUGGGACUACAUAGAUGUGCAGUUUGCUGGUGAUUGAAUCUAGCAGCCGCUCUGUUGUCAUUCUUGUGUGAUUUGGCAUUGAGCUUUGUUUGAAUCGAACUCGGAUCUUUACUCGCGAAUAUUGUCUGUUGCAGAGGUGGAUGACUCGAUGUUACCUGUGAACUAAACACCGACGCAUCCAGUUUCUGCUAUAGCUUGUGGACGGAUUGUGGACGAGCAUUCUUUCCAGCGACACCUCUUUUUAUAUUUUUUGCCUUUUAGUUGUGACGAUUUGCUAGAAGGUUUACUGUUUUAGUGUACUCAACGGGAAAAUAACAAAUAUAUUGGGACUCGAUUAACAAGCUGGUUUUAUUGAGGGCCGAGGCAUUUCACCUUGAAUAUUCUGAAAUGGUAUGUUGAGAUAAAUGGCCGAAGAGAUGGAUCUUUCUUGUGUUUGCACCUAUGCAAUUUCACCUGUUUUGGUGCAUGGUGAGAAUGAGUAUUUCUACAUGAUUCACCCUUAUUAUUGAGCUGCUCUGUCUAAACUAUAUGUGAUUUUAGUCAAAUUAUUUGCUAUUUUACUUUCUAUACAUAAUAUUUUAGUUAUGAUAAACUUGGAAAUAGGUGAAAACGUCGAUUUUGUGAAUAAUCUUACUACGACUACCUUCCCAUAGAUUGGUUUUUGAUUUUCUUUUAAUGAAGUGGUAGUAUAUUUCGGAUGUUAUGUAUUGGGCUUCGUUUGUUGGACUUGGACCAACCAACCAUUGUUUCCCAUAAAUGAUUUUACCAGCUGGAGAUGGGCUCUUUCGAGGUGGAUGACAAUGCUACUAGUAGGCCCGCUUCUCUAAAUUAUGGAAUGAGCCCAAAAUUUUUCUUGUACCGAAUAGUUAGUGAUAUUGUAUUUUGUACUGAAACCGUAGUAGAUAUUAGCAUAGUUUGGCCCUGCGGUAGCUUUUGCAGAAGCAGCUUCUGGCUGGAGCUUUUAGAUAAGUACUUUUCAGAAAAAGCAGUUGAGUGUUUGGCUGUAAAACUAUUAGAAGUGCUUUUUAAUAUGAAAGAUUGUGUAAAAUGACUAUAAAGGACUUAUAAUAUA